AUCUGUAUGAGGUGGCUCGUGGAUUAUAGGAACGAUUUGAGCCUGAUUAGUUGUUAGCUGAGAGGCGCAAAAUGUCGGAGAUGAGGCAAACACAAACAAGCACAUGGAUAUAGACAUCCUACUAUAUGACCUGAAGAGAAGAUGGUGGCUUUGCUCUUCACACCACAGCAUGUUCAACCUGAUGAGCAACUGCUGCAGCUGGGUCUCCAAAUUCCAGCAACCCGUUCGGAAGGUCACUGUGCUGGUUGUUGGUCUUGACAACGCAGGAAAAACGUCCAUGAUCCGGGGGAUCAUGAAAGUUUUUCCGGGCGAAGUAAGCCCCACGCAGGGGUGCGUUCGCACAGAGCUGAGAGUGGACAACUUCCUGGUGACCCUGCUGGACAUGGCCGGCGCCCCUGAGUCGCGGGCGGCCUGGAGGGACCACUACAGCGAAGCCCACGGGAUUGUGUUUGUGGUGGACUCCAGCGACAGAGCGCGGGUUCGGGAGGUCCGGGAGGUCCUGGCGGACCUGCUGAAGCAGCCCAGGGUCGCAGGCAAGCCACUCCUCGUGCUGGCUAACAAGCAAGACAAGAUGGGUGCUCUAAUGGGAAGUGAGUUGAUCGAAGCCCUAACCUUGGAGAAGCUGGUCAAUCACAGCCGGUCUCUAUGCCAUAUUGAACCAUGCUCCGCCCUGCUGGACGUCCGGAGGUGGUCGGACAGGAAGACGCUGCAGGGUCUGCGAUGGCUACUGCGAGCUGUGUCUCUGGACUACCCCGAACUGUGUGCCCGCGUGACACGGGAUAGCAGGCAGCCCCGGGACCCAGAGGAAAAAAACAGGCGUGGCAAGAAUGAGAAGGGACGCGCCAAGACCAAAGAGGACAGACUCCACACCAGCAAGCCUGAAAUUGGCCAAGCUCAGUGGCCCCCGAAAGAAAAGGUACCUCAGCCUAGGAGCAAACUGGAGCCCAUUCAAACUGUCCUGGAAAAGGAAAACGCUUUGAAGAAGAAGAUGAAAAGGAAGAAGCAGGUGAAUAUUAAAGAUGCCAUGAAGAAGAGCACUGGCAAGAGGGAGGAAGAGGAGGAGGUGGGGGACGCAGAGGCAGAGCAAGAACAGGGCGGGCGGAAAGAGAAAGCCAGCACUGCCCUUAUACCGCGCAACAGCGCAAAGCUGACCUGCAAAGCCAGAGUGAAAGAAGAGACUUUGGAGCAUCCGGAGUCCCCUGACAACGUGGAAUCAAAGACAGAGAAAGGAAAAGGAGAAAAGAAAAAAAAGAGAAAAAAGGUGAAAGUGAAGAGGAAAAACAAAAUUAAUACUGAACAGAUUCCAGCAGGAUAUUCACAACCAGUGGACCUUUCUGCUACUUUUGACCUCUACAGAAAAGCCAUCUUGGCUCUGAAAGCUCGCCAGGACCAGGGACACUGAGACACUUCAGGUCUCAGAAUGCUUGCAGUCUUAUGACCAAGAGACUCAAAUGACUUGUGUGUCUACUCCGUAUGUCUCCCACUAGGUGGGAAUAUCACUCUUACUCAUUUCUUACUCAUUCUACAGAAAUGAGUAAGAGUGAUAUUCCCACCUAGUACAAAAGCAGUGUGAAGAAACCUGGAAAGAGCUGGUCCCAUCUUAAGUCCCUGUUUUCACUAUUCUGAAAUUUAAAAUGAGUACAUAAUCAUAGGCCUAAUUUUUUAAUACACAUUCUGAAAUCAGGGGCCUGAAUUUGGGGUCAUUUAGGAGGUCCAAUAGUAAUUUGACCAAAAAUGCCUGUGAAAGGCAGGUAAUUACCCUCAUACUUCCUGCCCUUUAAAUAUUUAUAAUAGGUUAUAUUCUAUUCUUACAAUUCAACAAAUAAUUUGUAUAGAAUUACUGUAUAAAAACAAGAAGCCUCAGCCAGGUGGAUAAUUACGUUGUGAAAACACUUAGAUCAUCAUACUGCACUGACACUGUACUUUUUCAACUACUAGUUUACAGGGUCAAACUGAGAUUGUAGUGUAAAAGUACAUGGCCAAACUUUAUACAUUUUUUAUUAAAUGUACACCAUUGCGGUAGAUUUGUGCUUUUGUGUAAUAGCUAUACUUAGGCUUUGUCAUCCUGAUUUUCUUUUGUAUUACUGCUUUUUUAAAAUAACAUAUGUCCUGAGAAGACUUUGACAUGUGAAGAGUAAUAAGCAUAAUGAUUUCAGAAAAGCAACAUUAGGUUGUAUUCUCUGAAGGCACUUCUUCAGAAAUCAGGAAAAUUGUAUAAAAUUGGUAAGUUGCACCACAUUUAUCUGUGCUUCUGUUUAUUGAAAAACAUGUAAAAUUCAAAUCACAAAUCAGUCCAUUGA